UCUAACGUGAUUCUCGUGACGUCACGCCCCAGUCGGAAGUUCCAGCGCAGCAGCAAGUGAACGCCGAGUCUAACCAGCUUUAGUGUAAACAACCAGACCAUGGAUGACGACGUGUUAACGACUUUGAAGAUUUUAAUUAUCGGUGAGAGUGGUGUCGGUAAAUCAAGUUUGCUCCUACGCUUCACAGAUGACACAUUCGAUCCAGAAUUAGCAGCGACCAUUGGUGUGGACUUUAAAGUGAAAACUGUUGCAAUAGAUGGCAACAGAGCAAAGCUGGCCAUAUGGGACACGGCUGGUCAGGAGAGGUUCAGAACUCUAACACCAAGCUACUACAGAGGAGCCCAGGGUGUCAUUUUGGUGUAUGAUGUUACAAAGCGGGACACGUUUACAAAGCUCGAGAACUGGCUUAAUGAGCUGGAGACGUACUGUACACGCAAUGACCUGGUGAAAAUGCUUGUUGGAAACAAAAUUGACAAGGACAACCUUGAAGUAGACCGGAACGAAGGCUUGAAGUUUGCACGAAAACACUCGAUGCUUUUUAUUGAGGCUAGCGCAAAGACUCGGGAUGGAGUUCAGUGUGCCUUUGAAGAACUGGUUGAAAAGAUCCUGCAGACACCGGGGCUCUGGGAGAGCAGCAUGCAGAAAUACGGUGUCCAGCUGUCCGAUCAUGAACAGCAGCGUCAGGGCGCCUGUGGAGGUUACUGCUCCCUGGUUUAACAUCCUCACUUCGACCCAAGAACCACAAACUGGGAUGGAAAGCACCGUUUUCUUCCUUCUGACUGAGAGCUUCCUCUGAGGGGGAAUGGUCUGCACCCUUAGAGCUGGUCAAAGGGACCUUUGCAGUUUGCACACUCUAUGUCACUAUGUUUUAUUCUGUCCCAGGAUUCUGUCAUGUUAUUUUCCAUCCAUGUAUCAAAGUUCUACAUUACCAGUAGCCAGUGUAAACCAUUAUUAUGAAAAAUAAGUCCUUUUGAAGAUAACACCCUAAGCAUGUUGAAAUAUGCCAGAUAUUAUGCCCUACCCCACCCGCGGCAGAACGGCACGUUUCCCCCUCAGUGGGAGUGCUGCCUUUGACCUGAUGUGUGUAGACCAAUCGGAUACUAAACUGGGAGGGGCAAAAGAAACACAUGAUGAACUCAUUCAACAUGGAUGUUAUCAAAUGUCCUUUGUACCUGUAUUACAUUUCAUCUUCUUAACAUAUUCCCUGCUGCUCUCAUUUUAAUUUCCAGCUUUUUAUUUAAAUUUAGUUUUAUGUUAUUUUUAUAAUAUUUGGCAUGAUACUACCUUCUUGAAGAGUUUGAAAUAUUAUUUUGUAAAUAAUACAUCUUCAGUAGCUGUUCUGUAUCACAAUUCACACAAUAAUCUCUGAAAUUCUCGAUACAUUAAGCAUGUUUAAAUAAUAUAAUCUAUGAUGACUUUUGUCUGGAUAACACAUGAGAUGAUCCAUUUUACUCCGCUGUGUUUUAACCUUUGACUCAAAUUUUGUUUUCUACAUAAAUGUGAAUGGAUACCAAAAAUAACUUCUGUAUUCAAGUUCAUUCAUCACAAAGCCGUCUUCUGACUGGAUAUUCAUUUCUAUUCACAUAGUGAUUUGAAAUGGAAGAUUUGGUCAUGCCUUAAUAUUUAUUAGAUCUGCAUGUGUGACAUGGUCUGCACUAAUGGCUUUCACUGUGAAUGUAGAGAGAGUGUGUUAUUGUAGCCAGUCAAAAUGGCCAGUGGUACAUUGGUGAAGUGGUCAUUUCAUUUUAUUAUAAACAUAUCUUGGUCAUAAUGUAUGAGUGUUAAUAUGUUUGACUUAUUCCUGUGUGUUUGUUCUGCUGCUGAGAGAUUUAUUCAAUCAUAGGAAGAAUGCUUAUGACUUCCUGUAGCCACAAAACCAUACACUAACCAACACCCUAAUUAGGAUUUCUUAUUAAAUACACAUAAAGCAGUUCUGUUUCCAUACAUCCUUUAUUCUCAGUUUUGAAGAUGCUUUCUUUCAUUUUGGCUGUUGUCCUUCAACUUCAAUGUUCUAUUCUUUAUGCCAUUUUCUGCUAUGGAGUGAAAAAUUACCAAGAAAUCAUGCAAGAGAAGUCAUAUAUCUUGCAUUCUUUUUGCAUUAAAAUAUCUAACUUGCAAAAUUGUUCAUACCCUGAA